GCGGCGCACACAAUGCACUGCACGGCUGACAAGGGUUGUGUCUCCCUGAUUUUCACGAUAAAUUUCCAAAUCAGUGGAAACUUGUGAAGGGGCAGUAGCGGAGCCGUUCACUCCUUCUCUGUGAGUAUUUUCUCUCUGGAUUUGGCAAGAAAGAGGAAUCGUUGAACAGAAACCUCGGCGAGUGGUCCAACUUCUCCCAAACAUUGGACUUACACAGUGAAGGCUGCAUGAAGGAGCUGCCCGGCCCGACGUGGGCUUGGCCGACACCCUCGUUUAUGGAAAUCGACACCGAGGCUUUGAUAUUUGGGCCUUGAUUUUUUUUCUUUAUGAUGGAGGUGGAAGGGAAGAGGAGUUGCGUGUGAACAAGCGAAAUAUUUUUUAUUGUAUGGGUGAUAAGUUGCUAAAAAAGCUUUCGUAACCCUCCCGUUUCCUUAAAAAUAAAUUUGAGAUUGUUGUUUAGCCGGCUAACGCUGGUUAGCCGGAGUGCUAACGUUACGUCUUUCUUUUGAUGCGAUGCGAAUUCAACCAUUACUAUCGGCCAUUAACAUUUCGACAGCAGGAAAAUUUAUUCUCUGGGCUGCUGAAUAUUAGUUAGCCUCACACUAUAGCGUUCGGCUUGUCAGAAUUUCCAGACACAGUUUAAGAAUAUAAUUUUAUUCUUAUGUUGCGGGCUGAAUAUAUCGUAAUGUACCGAGUUAGCCGUGUGAGCAAAAGCUAAUUGGCCGGAGUCAACACUGAGCUAGCUAGCAGUAGCAUUAACUACUGAAACUCAACCAGACAGCCCAUUGUACUCUUACUUAAAUUGGGAGUAAUUUAAGGAAAACAACACGUCACAUUAACACGAAAUCAAGUCACGGCAGCCGUUGUAUUAAUGUGGGAUAUCUGGGUUAUUGACCUCGCUAACCAGCUAACCGUAUCAUUCUGCUAAUAAAUUUGUCAGCGUGUGCAGAAAUAUAGGAAAUCCUAGAAUUGUAUUGAGCAAUGCCAACGUUGGCGUGAUUCUCAUUCUGAAAUAUAUCCAGUGGCGAUUGGCCUGUUUUGUCAGCAACACAACUAGACUUGUCUUUUUUUGUUUACAUGCGUGUAACUUAUGUGGUUGUCGGCUGAAUUUCUCGCUAGCUAGCUAAUGUUAGCCUUCCCCGAAACACAAUUAGCAAUGUCCUGACAUUUGUAUGUGUGUUUCGUGGAUUAUUUAAAUUCCCAUGUGGAUCUAAGUUUCAUUGAAAUGACACUAAAAUUUCGCCGGAAGAAAGGCACAGAUGCCAAUGGACUGUUGUCAAAGGACGGUCAAUAAUAGCCACUGGUUUCAUUAACGCCAUUUUAACAGGGGCUCCCUGCGAGGGCCUGUGUGGUGGUGUUUUAUUUGCGGUUCGGUGCCUUCCACCGGACCGGGACUUGGAUAAAGUGCCUUUGAUAUCACUGGAGUUACAAAAGGAGGCGCCGUUUGAAUAUGGAGGGCCCGAGCCGAAGCACUGGAUUCAGGCAGAGCCGACGGUCCCGUUCACAGCGCGACAGGGAGCGGCGGAGGCGGAGAGUGGACCUGGCCGAGGAGCGGGCCACAUCCCUGUCCUCAGGCUCCGAUCGGGAGGCUUGUGGGACGAACAGUGUCCUGGGUCCCGGUGGGAGAGAAUGCCGGCCCGGUUAUGGGAGACACAGGCCUCCACGCCGGAGGAAGAGAGAGUCUGUGUCCUGCGAGGAAGACAUCAUUGAUGGCUUCGCUAUUGCGAGCUUUAUCUGCUUGGAGGCACUGGAGAUGGACUGCUCACUGAAGCCCAGUCAGCGCACUGAUAUGCUGGGCAGGAGGAACAAGGGGAAGAGAGGGCCAGAGGAGAACGGUGGAGGGCCACUAUCAGAGCCAGAGGAAGGAGCCCCACACAGCUACUCCAGCAGCUGCUGGAACAAGAGUAGAAAUAAGAGACGAAAGAUAGAGGGACACCCUUUGGAGACAGGCUAUAUUUGUGACACUGAGAGUGAUACUGGAGAUAAGGCUUCUGACAAUGACAUGGAUCCAGUUUUCACAGUCACCACAAGCAAAGUUCCGGAGCCUGCCCCCUCAAACAUGGGCACAUCUGUGGGCAAAAGCUGCCCGUCUCUACCUGCCCGUUGUGGUGCUGUCUCACGGUUGAUGGUGACCCCACGAGUAUCUGGCCUGGAGCGAAGUCAGGAGAAAAGCCUGGAGCCGCAUUUCCCAGAGCCUGUUUCUUCUUCUACCUCUUCUGCCUCCUGCCUGCCUUCUCACUCCCCGGUCACGUCCUCAGGCACAGUCCCCCGGCCCAGCCCCCCACUGUCCAAACACAAGCCCUUCCUCACUUUGCCUGGACGAUCUCACUCCAUCUACAACAGGAGCAGCACCCCUGUCAAACCUCCAUCUUCUGUUUCAUCUGUUGCAUCCUCCAUGCGUCCCCCGACUCCCUCCACCAGUGUGUCGCUGUCCUACAUUAGGGGCUCAGGAUCCUCAGGGCCCCUCCGACCCCCAUCGCGAGCCAGCUCUGGGGCCCUGCCUGGCCUGCCUCCCCCUCCACCUCUGCUUCAAGGUCCUACCCACUCAACAGCAGCAGAGCGUGAGGGCAGACGCAGUGUCCCAGGGGCUGAAAACAAUGCAGCGGCUGCGGGCCGCUCCACUCCUGGUGGUCCGUCAGCAUCUAGUUCCGCACCAGGUUCAUCCGGCCGGACGUCUCAGAACCAGCCGAGCAUCCAGCCCCUGGCCUUCGAGUUCCAUCAGCACAAUCACCAGCACCAGCACACGCACCAACACUUCACGCCCUUCCUGCACCCCACAGCUACUGCAACGCCUCUGUUUGAUAAGUAUGGAAGCAAAAUGGACGGGCUGUACCGACACCCUUUCUUCCCACAAUUCCCGCCGGCCUCAGUGCCGAGUAUCCAGCCUGUGAUUCCUCCCACUGGGCCUUUCAGCUCCUUGCAAGGAGCAUUUCAGCCAAAGCCUCUUGUCCCUCAGGGAACGGGUCCUGAUAUAUCCGCACGACUUGGGGUUGUGCCUCACCACCUGCAGCCCAAAGACCCCAGGGUAAGGACGCUAACUGAUCCAUUUGGGACAUCGUUGAAAGUCAGUAAUAAACCAGGAAAAUGGUGUGCUAUGCAUGUAUAUGUGGCCUGGAUGAUUCUAAGCCAUCAGAAAAAAGUAAAGCUGAUGCAGACUGAUCCUCACAAGUUGGACUUCCGUAGUGAACUGCUGGCCCGUCUUCCUGGAGCUGGGGGACUCGGCCCCCUAGGGCCCAUGGGAGGAGCCCUUCCUCCCACUCAUGACCUGACCAGACCUCCUACUCUGUUCUCAGCUACAGGUGCAGUCAAUCCGUCCUCAGCUCCGUUCAUCUCUCCAUCGACGCCCCACUCCUCUUUCCUCGCACCAACUGCACACUUGGAUCCAUAUGGCCGUUCCUCACCUUUCACCCCGCUGGGAGCUCUGAGUUCUGGUGCCUUUGGAGGACUUGGCAGCCCAACAUUGGCAGGCUCCAUGUUUGGCCCUAAAGACUCAACAGCCAGUGUGGUUGGGGGCUUGUCCACCCCCAACCAUCACGAGACAUGGAACCGUCUACACGGCGGCCCAUCUGGGUUCCCUGUUGGCCCCAGCUGGGUUAAAGGGGCAGACAAGAGGGAUGAAAGGGAUCGAGGGAAGGACGGAGAGAGGAGAGACAUCCCCCACAUCAAGGACGAAAAGGACAGAGACAAUGUGCUGUAUGGCCGACAACCUGUGAGAAUGUCUCCAGUUGCCCCUCCCUUCAAGCCCUGCAGUAGCACACCAGUCUCCCACAUUAAUGGCCACAGCAGUGCCCUGGGGGGGAGCAGUGGACCUAUUGAGGACCUGACACGCAGCUUAAAUAGAGACAGAGAACGUGAGCGGGACAGAGAUGGGGACAAAAGGGCGCUGCCAAUAGUGUCUUCACGAGCGCCUCCUCUUGGCUCUUCAGUAGCGGAGAGGGACAGACCACGGUCUUCCUCAUCUUCUGUGCUCAAUACUCCCCCACCUUCCAAUCGCUCAGCUCCAUCUCCUUUGGACCUUUACCCCCGCCCACUGGCCGCAACAGCACAUAGCCUCCACAGUGAACCCUUACACUCCCAAAGAGAUGGCAACCACCCUGCUUCCUCUGCAGCUUCUGCCUCUGUCACUUCUUUGUCUCAGGCCAGGAAGUCUGACAGGACCACAACACCUGUCUCCAAACCUCCCCUGCUUCUCCAGCCAGUUAAAGUCAAAGAGGAGCGGAAAGAGGAGCCAGAGCACAUCCCCAUCACCCUGCCUCCCCCAUUGCCCAACCACAGCUUUGACCGCCCCAACAGCCAUCCACACCACCCUAACUCUGGUACGCCUUCCUCCUCCUCUUUAUCACUGACUCCCACUCCUGGUGUUCCCCUCCCGCCACCCACUCCAAACCCUCCUUCCCACCAACACCUUUCUCUGCUGGACCGCUCAAGAACCUUUGAAGCAUAUCUGGGGAGCACGGUAGGAGCUGCAGGGCUGGUAGUGGGUCCAGGAGAUCGUUUCCCCCAUGGUCCACCUCAAGGGCCAGCACAGGGCCCUCAUAGCUUCACCUGGGACCCCUGGAGGGAGCUGGCCGCUCAGCAGCAACAUCAGCACCGUAGAGAAGCUUUGGAGCUUCGGCCACACCCUCAUCUUGCCCUGCGAUCCGAUCCACAUCUCGUCCGGCUGCUCCAGCAUCAGCGCAUUCUGGAGGCAGCAGCCGCAGCCACUCCUCAUCACCCCCCAACUUCUACCUCUACUGCCUCCACCUCUGCUGUCCGCCAAGAGUUCAGCCUAAUGGCCCAUCCUUUUGACCGCCCUCAUCAGCUCGGACCGCCAGGAGGUGGACUAAUUGAUGAGGAGCAGCGUGCCCAGAUCCUGAGAGAAGACUUUGAGCGGGCUCGCUAUUUUGGAAUGCACCCGCACCUCCCCGCUGGCUCUCACCUGUCAAGCCCCUCUCAUGCUGCUACUGCCGCUCACCUGGAGCAGCUCCAUCCUGGCCUUCUCUCCCACUCGCUUCCCCCAGGAGCCUCUGCUGCUUCUCAGCAUCACGCGGGCCUCUACCCCCGUAUGGGCCCACUAAAUCCACACCACAUGUCCAACGGCAUCCUGUCAAAGGCCCCCUUGGUGGGAGCUCUGUCAGUGGGGGCACCGCCUCCACUCAUUCCGUCCAUCACCAGCCGGUCGUCCACACCUCCCCGCAGACUUGGGGGGCCAGGUGAGCUGGCACUAUACAGCGCCCACAAAGAUGGAGAGUCCAGAUAGUACAGGGACAACACUGGAGGAGAUUCAGGGACAUGUCAGGAUCACUGUGCUGCUCUCAUCCUGCCCCCUUUUCCUCUUGCAGACUACUAAACCCUGCCCACCCAGUUACACAACCAAACCAGCUCCAGUCCCCCACAAAAAAAAGGGUAAACAUGACUGGCUGGAGGUGAUGGCAGGGAGGGAAAUGCAAGACUCAUCAGUGUGACGUGGAAUAUGCCCAAUGGUUCUAUCAGUGCAAUUUAAAGGUACAUGGUUUCUGUGCAUCCUUGGUGUAUUUUUAUUUUAAACUGGCUGUUGGUUAUUACAGUACUCACUUUUGAAAGCUGUAAGAAGAGGCAGAGGACAGCUUUUUUCAUUUGUCAGGUGAAUUAUGAUCCAUGCUUUUAAGCAAGCCUUUUCUGCGUGGAUUGGAUAUGACUUCCAGAGGGAUGUACACUUUGAGAACAUGUCAAGGUUUCAUCCACAGCUUGGUUAACUCACGGGAUAUAAAGCCCUCUUCUACAUAAAUCAAGCCUCAUUAGGUAUUGUGGUAUGGGGGGGUUUUAGAAAUACAGUGGUAAAGUGGUGCUUUCUGUUCUGUCUUUGUGUCUUUUUGUCAUUGUGAAAAGAAAAGACAGAUUACUGAUGAGACCAUUUAAUGAAGAUCAGUAAGCAUCGUACCUCAGUUUCCUGCUUUACCCAAAAAUCUAACCCCAAACCCUCAGCUUCACUGAUAAUGAGAUUCAACCUUUUUUUGGCUUGUUUUUCUGUUUUCAGAGGAUGAAUGGCUAAAUGAACUGUGCUACACUGUGUGAGUGAACACAGUGUUUUAGAGCUUCCUGUAACUGUUUCCCAGUCUCCUCUUGACUAUACAAACAGGACCAGAUUAUAGUAGUCUAGAGAAAUUGCCUUUGUAAUUAUUAUUCUUAACAUUAAUUAUCUUCUAUAAUAAUAAAUAUAUUCACUGUUAUGUUAUUUGUCAUUGUUUCUGGUAUCAACCAGUACUCUCUCCCCAGGUAGUAAAACGUUUCAAAUCAUGCAAAAGACAAAGCAGAAGGCUUGCUUCACAGAAAACUUUUUAAUGCUUGUGAACAUUAAGCCUUAUUGAUUGCAACCUCUGGCCUCUUCAAGGAUCUCAUCUAUGACUUUAUUAUGCUGAGAGGGAGGUUUGCCUGUGUGUCACUGGUUGUGCGCUAUAUCCAUUUGGGACUAUGGGAGCCUUGUACAUUGAACUGUCGAAUUCUUUCAUCAACAAAAAUAAGUUAUAUACAUGGAUAAGUGGGACAUCUGCUGAAGAACUGAAAAAAAAAAAAAUAUAAGGACUUGUGUCAAAAGACAACUAGACAGUGGGUAUCCUGAGAGGGAAAAGACUGGGUCGAUUAUUUUAAUAUGACCAUUUUAUACCUUUCAAACCCCUCCCCUAGAGACCACAAAGAUUAAUUAUUAAAUGAAUUGUUGUUUA